AGAAGCGUCGUACUUGGAAGAAGCAGUACCGAUGUGUCGAAUGCGGAAAAUGCUUUAAACAGAGGUCAACUCUUAUCACACACGAAAGAGUUCACACAGGGGAGAAGCCAUUUUCAUGUUCUGAAUGUGGUAGAUGUUUUAAGCAACGGUCAACGCUUAUCACGCAUGAAAGAGUUCACACGGGGGAGAAGCCCUAUUCCUGGUGGUAAAUGUUUCUCCCAUAAAUGGUAUCUUAUUUCUCACAGAAAAAUUCACACGGGGGAGAGGCCAUUUUCCUGUCCGGAAUGUGGGAAGGGUUUUCCUGUGAAGGACAGACUCACAAGGCACCAGAUGAGUCACACUGGGGAGAAGCCUUUCCCAUGUUCCGAGUGUGAGAAGUGUUUUGCUGACAGAAGCAGUCUCAGGAGACAUCAAAAAAGCCACACUGGUGAUAGACCAUUUCCAUGUUCCGAAUGCGAGAAGUGUUUCAUUCACAAGUCGGCACUUGUGCAGCACCAGAGAACUCACACAGGGGUAAAGCCAUAUUCGUGCUCCACGUGUGGGAAAUGCUUUAGACAGAGAUCGGUUUUUGUGGCUCAUGAGAGAAUUCACACAACUGAGAAACCAGUUGCUUGA